AUGGACGAGUGAGACAGAGACACGACAAUGUUGCUGCUGCAGCAGGGACACGAUCAGACGUCGCUCUUUCUUUCUUCUCUUUUUUAACAUGAGCUAGUCAUUAGGACAGUGCCAAAAUGUUCGUCUUUCUGUGUUGGUGUUUCGGUUUGGCCUUUUUCUGUGGACUUCCUGUCCUGAGCAGCACCUGUCCAGCACAAUGCAGCUGUUUUUACCACAAACUCAGUGAUGGAUCCAAGGCCCGGAGCAUACUGUGCAGUGAUCCUGAGCUCACCUCCAUCCCCUCCAACUUCCCCUCGGACGUUUCAAAGCUUCGUAUAGAAAAGACUGACAUUACCCAAAUCUCCAGUGAGGCCUUUAUCUCCCUCAGAAACCUUGAAUUCCUCUGGAUGUCCUUCAACUCUCUUUCCGUUCUCCAUGUGGACAGUUUCCGUGGCCUAAGCGUGCUCAAUGAGCUUCGUCUCGAGGGUAAUUUCAUCACCUCGUUCCCGUGGGAGAGUUUAACCGACAUGCCCAACCUCAGGCUCCUGGAUUUGCACAACAACAGGAUCACCAGCAUCCCAGCCGAGGCAGCCGUCUACAUUAAAAACCUCACUUACCUCGAUUUGUCCAGUAACAGCUUCAGUACAGUGCCAUCUGAAGUGCUGCUGAUGUGGUUCUCAGCAAAACCGGCACAGGAGGCUGAGAACUCGAAGAUAAUUUUGGGCCUUCAUGAUAACCCGUGGCAGUGUGACUGUCGCUUGUUUGACCUGGUUCAGUUCCAGAAGUCUCCGUCCUCCACUUCAGCCUUCAUCGACACUCACCUGCGCUGUUCGGAGCCUGAGAGUUUUUCCGGCGUGCUCUUCAUGGAUGUGGAGAUACGGAGGUGCCAGGUACCACGAGUCCACACAGCCGUGGCUAAGGUUCGCAGCUCGGUAGGCAACAACGUCCUGCUCCGCUGUGGCACUGUUGGAGUGCCGAUGCCUGAGCUCUCCUGGUCCCGGGCUGAUGGGAAAGCCAUCAAUGCUACAGUUCGUGAGGAGGUUUCAACUGAAGGCAUCACCUGGUCCAUCCUCAGCAUCCUCGCCGUGUCCUCUCAUGACUCGGGCAAAUACGUCUGCAGAGCCACUAAUUUUGUGGGCAGCGCCAAUGCCAUCAUCUCUCUCGUUAUUUCAGAAACACGACAGGUCAGUGAGGCUGCUGUAAAGAAAACUGGCACCAAGAAGAACGGAAGCUUUGGACGAGCAACAUAUCAAGAGAAACUCAUCGCAAGAUACGUUCCUCCAACCUCCACUUCUGUAGAUGUUCCCAUCAUCGAGCCGUUUAAUGGAUCAAGCUCCACAGGGUCAUCCAAGAUCGAGCGCUACAACACCUCUGAUGGAGUCCUGGAUGGCGAAACCACAAUGAACAGCUUAGAAACAGAUAUGGAUAAGAAUGUGUUGAGCAAUCUGGCAGCCAACGCUUCCUCCCUCCAGCAAGAUCCAGAGAGAAGGGUGGUACGUUCUGUCAAAGUCAUCGGAGACACCGAUCACACAGUGUCAAUUAACUGGCGAGCUCCAUCUGCGACCAACACCACAUGGUUUAGUGUUCUUUAUGCUGUAUUCGGUGAGAGAGACAUGAAACGCAUCAACGUCGGUCCCGGGAAGCACCGGAUCACCAUCGAAGGCCUUGUUCCAAAAACCAAGUAUAUCGCCUGUGUAUGUGUGAAAGGUCUAAUCCCAAAGAAGGAGCAGUGUGUGAUCUUCUCAACUGAUGAGGCAGCAAGUGCUAGUGGCACUCAGAAGCUUAUCAACGUGGUGGUGAUCACGGUGGCGUGUGUCAUCGCAGUGCCUCUCACUUUGAUCGUCUGCUGCGGGGCUCUGAAAAGACGAGUCCAGAAGCUCAUGGGAAGAAGAUCAAAAGACAUUCAGGACUCAUACGUGACCUUCGAGACCCUCACACCAGGUGGCAAGGCUAAAGGGAUGGAAGGGGAGUACCUCACCCACCUCAACCAAGACGAGUCCAACCGCCUGCUCUCGGCUCGCUCCAGCGUCGAUUCAGUGGCCGUAAACAGAACUGAAGGACAUCCUAAUGAGUAUUACUGCUAAAGUCUGCUCAUGGACGACAUCAUCCAUUCAUUCACUUUUUGAGCUUCAGUAUCUGCUUUAUCCUGGAGACUAUCACAGGAAUACUGGGCAUGAGGCGGGAAUACACCCUAUUUGGGAUGCCAGAGAUUUUAUUAAGUCGCUGAUUGUGAAUAUGGCUGUGUAUAUGUAAAGAAAGCAUCUUCACAGCCUUGCAAGGAUACACCAUGUGAUCUGGGUCAUAAACAAACAAGACACUUAUUCACUGUCAGUCCAUGAGUCUAAACUAUGUGUCUUUGUGUUUACUUUUUUAAACAAUACAGACAAUAGAUACACACUAUAUGGCCAAAAGUAUGUGCACCCCUGACCAUCACACCGCAUAUGUGCUUCUUCCCCAAACUGUUGCCACAAAGUUAGAAGCACACAGUUGUAUAGAACGUCUUUGUACGCUGCAUUACAUUACAGUUUCCCUUCACUGGAACUAAGAGGCCCAAACCUGUUCCAGCAUGACAAUGCCCCUGUGCACAAAGCGAGCUACAUGAAGACACGGUGUGUGAAGGUUGGAGUGGAAGAACUCGAGUGUCCUGCACAGAGCCCUGACCUCAACCCCACUGAACACCUUUGGGAUGAACUGGAACACCGACUGAACCCCAGACCUCCUCGACAUCCCAACAUCAGCGCCUGACCUCACUAAUGCUCUUGUAGCUGAAUGAACACAAAUCCCCACAGCCACGCUCCAACAUCUAGUGGAAAGCUUCCCAGAAGAGUGGAGCUCAUUAUAACAGCAAACACACGGGAAUAAAUCUGGAAUGAGAUCUUCAACAAGCGCGUGUAAGUGUGAUGGUCAGGGGUGCACAUACUUUUGGCCAUAUCAUGUAUCUUGAAUAAUUAGAUUGUUCAUCCUUUUUGAAGAAGGGAAGGAAUUCAGGAACCACUGUGUUUUGGAAAAUGACAAUAACAGCAGCAGUGAUGGGAUUUUAAAGGCAUUAGAAAGCAAGGAAAUGAACAAAAGACUCAUCUCUCGUGUGUCCUCAUGUGCACCUUGUCUUUUUCACAACGUUUUGUGCACGAUCCUAGAAGAGAAUGAUUUCUCUUUAGUUUUUCUACUUCAGUGUUUUUACCAUGUUAGCUCAUUUACUCAUUGUGCUCUAAUUAAACAAUAAUUCAACA